AUGUACUCUCAAUCUUUCGCUUCUUCUUCUUCGUCGACCAAUUCCAAUUACACUGUUCCUAUCGAUCCAAUGUUCCAUUAUCAAGGAUUCGAUAUGGGAUACGGUACUCCAUCCCCUGGAAUGCCUAUGGAUUAUAACAACAUGAUGACAAAUCAACAAUUUAGAUCAGAUUCAAUGGGACCACCGAACGAUGGAAUGAUGUUUUAUGGUCAUCAACAGUUCCCUCCAAUGGCUGAACAAUUCCCAAUGAUGGAUUUUCAAAUGAUGCCAGAACAAGCUAUGGAUUCAGGAUUUCAGCAAAACUUCCAACUCGGAUUCCAACAAGACCGUUUCCAACCACUUCCCCAUCAGAUUCCAAUGGCUCAGUCUGAUAUAAUUCAUAGACAGGACAGUUCUUUGAACUCGUCGCCAGAUGUCGAUUUUAACGAAGUAAAUGGAAACUUUGUCAAUGGAAUGAAUGGAUUUCCAGCACCACCAGUAAACGAUUACAAUUUCUCCACUACUUCACCACCACCUCCAAAAAGAAAAUUCACAAAGAAGAAGGUUCCAAAAGUGUCGACAAUGCAUUUGAACACUUCUUGCUCAAACUGUGGAACUCGUGAAACCAAAUUGUGGAGAAGAAACGAACAGGGAGAGCCAGAGUGCAAUUCUUGCAAUCUCUACGAGCGUACCAAGGGAGUCAAACGCCCAGCUACUCUGUGGAACAAGCCAACAAUCAAGAGAAGACGCCGUCCAGUUGUCGCUCCAGUCACCCAGGAGUGA